AUGUGCGGCGACCAUCCGUCCGUCCACAAGACGGAGCCCGGCGACGACGGGAGAGGGAGCGAGAGAGACGCGGAGAGAGAGAAGAAGACACCGACCGCGCAGAACAAGGUGCUGCCAACGUCGUCACAGAUAGACAAGCCGGUGUCGGAGCACGGGCUGCGGGUGACGCGCCACCGCGCGGGCGGCAGGGACCUGGUGCACGCGGCUCUGAGCAGUUUCCGUUGGCCGCCCUACCUGCUGGGCGUGUGGGUGUGCGUGGUCCUCCUGACGCACGCCCUGCACUGCGCCGCCGCCCUCCUGGAGCGCUCCCUACCCGUCGUGCGUAACGCGUGUCAGUACUCGCGCUCGUGGACGGAGAGCAGCUGGGUGGGGUCGGGGCGCGGCGAGGGCGUGCUGCGCGUGCGGCCGCUGCUGCUGGCGCUGUGCACGGCCCUACUGUACGUGGUGUACGGCUGCCUGCUGGCCGCGCAGGCCCUCCUACUGUGGGCCAUCGAGCCUCUGUACGCGGAGGGCGAGGCGCCCGGGGACGACCUGCCGAUACUCACCGACUACCUCGACGAUUGCAGUCACGUCAAUGUUGCACACAAGCAGUAG